AUGAGACCCGUUUUGCUCCCGCGAACCCGGCUUUCAAACCUUCGCUCGUUGUUGAAGAACCUUGCGAAAAACCCUAGAGAUUCGAACUCCCUCAUUGCCAUUGAUGCUCUGCUACCUCGAAGAAAGCUCCUCGAUUCCUCCUCAUCUCUCCUUCUCCUCCGUGCUUUCUCCGCAUCUCGCAAGCUCACCAGGGCCAGAACCCUCAUCUCCGAUCUCAAGAACAAGGGAACCAUACCAAAUCUAUUCCUUUUCACCACCGUCCUCCAAUGCCUGCUCCCCGACGCGCCGAUCAGAGAUGUAGAUUCCUUUUGGAGAGAAAUCUCCGGCGGAUCCUCCAACGCUUCAGAGUUCAUCAUCCAGCUCUCUCAGCUCAGCAAGGAUCCGCAGGAGAUUGAUCUGGUCUUCCGGCGGGUCUCCUCUACCCGUUUCGAUCUGAGCCGCGAGGCGUACGUUGCGUUGAUUGGUUCUAUAUGCGGGAGAAACGAGCAAAAUCCGAGCUUGGCUCAAGAAAGUUUCUGUAGAACUGGGGAUGUCUUUGGAGCUGAUUCUGUUCUUCGUGGUUUGGUUGCCAAAGGAGAUUACGAGCUGGAUGUUUCCAUUUAUGGGAAUUUCAUGCAUGGAUUGUGUGUAUCUGGGAAGCUUAAGGAAGCCCGGAAACUGUUCGACAAAUUGCUUAAGAGAGAUCAUAGUGGACUUCGGGCUCAUAAAGUUCCCAAUUUGAAGAUGGGGAGGCGUGUUAUUUUCCAGUUAAAACCUUCUAACAUGAUGUCGAAGGACGAUGUAUUCGGAGCUUACUUUCAAGCUCUUUGCAAUACUGACAAAUUGGAGCAAGUUCAGAGCUUGGCUAUGGAAGCAAUGGAGAAUAAUGUUGUGCUUGAGAGCCAUGCUUAUCGAUCAUUUGUUCGAGCUCUCUUUCGGGCAAACAGAGUUGAGGAUGCUUUCAAGUUGUUGGAGAAGAAGAAGAUUGGAGGAUUUGUUUCUUAUGGUGAUAUUGCUAGUGAAGUGAUAGAAAGGUUGUGUGAAAUGCAUAGAUUAGAUGAAGCUCAUGAGCUUUUACUUGAGAUGAAGAACAGAGGAUUUGCUCCAAGUAAUCAGAGUUUUAAAUUGUUUUCUUGA